CUUUGUAGAUCGGAUCUCAGUGCACCACUCAAACCCAAUCCGCAUCCCGCCCUUUCAACCCUUCUCUGCGCUCCAUGCACCCAGUGACCGCUCCUCUGUCUUACCUUGCACUCUGUUGCGUUGCCCUGCGCCACGACGUACGUCUUGUAAAAGCAGCGACGCGAUCGGCUCUGCGGGGUAGCGGGACGACGCGAUUGGGCGCGCUAGCGUGCGGAGACAUGGUGCGAGAGAGGACGUGUGGUGUGCGACGAGUGAUGUGCAUGCGCAGUGUGGGUGGCGACAGAAUUAGGGGAAAGCACGAUUGGCAGAUGAUGCGUGGGCUGAGGGGGUGAGGCGGGGCUUACGCGGAGCUUGGUUCGACGUCGGUGGUUGCGAGAGGUGUUUGCUUGUGACAAGGCUGUGCGUGAUGUGCUCACUCUAGUUUUAGAAACAGACUAAUGGU